AUGCCUACAUUUAGUCAUAGCAAUAUUAGUAGUAAUAUGAUUAAUACUACUACUAAUAAUAAAUUGGCUACCAUGUGGAGAGAAAUUCAAGGAUCAAGAAAUUGGGAAAAUUUAGUGAAUCCAUUGGAUACACUUCUACAAGAGGAGAUUAUUAGGUAUGGUGAAUUUGUUGUUGCAUGUUACAAUGCAUUUGAUCUUGAUCCAAAUUCAAAAAGAUACUUGAAUUGUAAGUAUGGAAAAAAUAGUAUGUUGAUUGAAGUUGGGUUAGGUAAAUCAGGCUAUCAAAUAACAAAGUACAUUUAUGCCACUACAAACAUCAAUGUUUUAUCAAUUGGUCAAAAUUCUUCAUCAUCAUCUAGUGGAAGAUGGAUUGGUUAUGUUGCAAUUUCAAGUGAUGAAGAAACUAAGAGAUUGGGCAGGAGAGAUGUGCUCAUCACAUUUCGAGGAACGGUUACUAAUCCUGAAUGGAUAGCAAAUUUGAUGAGCACAUUAUCUCCUGCCCGUCUUGAUCCUAGUAAUCUCAGGCCUGAGGUUAAGGUUGAAGCUGGAUUUUUGAGUUUGUAUACCUCGAAUGAGGGUGAAAGGUUUGGCCUAAGAAGUUGUCGCGAACAAUUACUCUCUGAGAUAGGGAGACUAAUAAAUAUGUAUAAAAACGAAGAAAUGAGUAUAACUAUUGGUGGACAUAGCAUGGGGAGUGCAUUGGCCCUUUUGCUAGCCUAUGACAUCGCGGAGUUAGGGUUGAACAAAAAUUCAGAAAGUAACAACAUAUCAGUUACAGUAUUUUCUUUUGGAGGUCCUAGAGUUGGUAACUCGGGGUUUAAGGAAAGAUGUGAAGAGUUAGGUGUAAAAGUAUUGAGAAUCGUCAACGUGAAUGACCCUAUCACAAAACUUCCUGGAGUUCUUCUGAACGAAAACUUUAGGGUUUUUGGUGGGAGAUACGAGGUACCCUGGAGUUGUUCAUGUUAUGCUCAUGUUGGAGUUGAAAUCUUGUUAGAUUUCUUCAACAUGCAAAAUCCUUCAUGUGUACAUGACUUAGGAACUUAUCUCAAUUUGCUCAAAAGUCAUCAUCAUCACAAGAGCUUGCAAGUUCAAAGAGAAGAAGAAGAAGACAUUGAUUUCUUUAAUAUAGCAAAGGAGUUUUUCCUUUUAAUGCUUUACUAUGGAGAAUUUUUGCCAUUCAUUUGGUGA